CCUUCCAUAAACAAACCUCAGCAGAUAGCACUGUAGAUAUAUAAGGGGGUUCACUGUAGUGGUGACGGCUACACGUAUACGGGUGCGGUCACUCUCUCAUUGGGUCUUUUCUAUCGUGAAGAGUAUUCUUAGCAAGCUACCGGUAGCUAGCUAGAAGGGAGCCGAGUCGAGUCGAGUCUGUCCACAGGAACAUACAUACCGUACUACCGUACCGUACUGCCAGUCAUCACAACUACAGUGUACAGUGUCAACAUGGAGUCUACUAGUAAGUCUGGGGAAGGAAAAGACAAAGCACAGCCAUCAUCUACCGUUGCAGGCUCAGGUACAACGGGGACAUCUCCCAACAGUCUUAAGUCACCCACAGCAACGGAACCGCCUUUGCAGGCAACUGGUAUAGGUAAGAAAGUCAGCGCUGCUACACGUAGUGGCGGCACUAUUGGGGCGGUAGAAGCAGAACGUAAAAAGCUAAGAGCCUUGCAACAAGAAACCCAUGUGGACAAAGCCAUGGAUCCUCUCGAACUGGCUAAAAUGAUCGAAAGGAACAAGCUCCUAGCUUGGGAACAAGAAGCCCCCAAAACAUCUGCUCUUGAUAGUAACCUGGGGCGUGCCAUGCCAAAGGCUCCGUCCACCGGUUCCUCCUCCAACUUACUGGCCCCCCAAAACGUGGAGGAAGCCAUGGAUCCUUUGGAACUGGCAAAAAUGGUAGAAACCAGACUACAGCAAGGUUGGAGUCCAAACGAGCAAGAUGACAGCCUACUACACCCCACCAUGAACCCACGACUUGUCCUAGAAGAUGUGGCGGACGGAAACAUUGAUCCCCUCCACUUGGAAAAAAUUGUGCAAACACGGCUCCAACAUCCAAAUAAUAAUAUCCAGCCUCCCAAUACGACUACCACGACUUCAACCAUGAUGACACCAAGCAUUCCCGGGGCGUAUUCGGGUGCUCCCGGAACCGACCUGCAACGAACCGACGAUUUACGAUUCUCCCUCGUCGGGGCAUCAUCGGGGAAGGAUUUCAAGGAUUCCGUCGUCCAUCAUAGCGUGACGGCCAGUGGGGAUCAUCAUCAUCAUCAUCAUCAUCCUUCUGUCACGGCCAGUAUGCUUCGAAAAUCCACUACCGACACUGCGGUAACACUCCAAGCCACCUUGGUGACCGAUCAAGACAAUGCCGAAAGUCUUCGGAUGGAAUUGGAACAAAUCAAGGCGUCACCCAUUGCCGAAGUGGUCGGAAUGACUUCCAACGAGACAGACACGACGAUCAUGACGGCUUCCGGGAAACGCAGUUUCAUGAUCGGAGUGGCCAUCUUUGUUGCCAUGGUCGUGGGCACGCUCAUUGUCGUCAUACUGUGGCCCAUUGUAUUCAUGUAAUACAUUUACAUGAUAGCAUGAUUGCUAUCUAUCUAGCUGGAGCAAUAACUGUAUCUAUAUAGCACGAAUUGAAUUCACGUUCGAUGGUGUGGUACUGUAUCCCAACGAUUUCCCGGGGACACGACGGCGACGAGAAAGACAACAUGUUCCGUUGCUGCUUCGCUCUCAAUCUAUAAGCGUUGAGGGUUGCUCCUGGUCUAGCUAGUACAUGUAGUACCGGUAGCAGUGUUUGGCCUCUGCGGUCUUCCUCAUCGUCGUGCCGUAAUCCUCCUCAUGA